AUGGAAUCCUCUACCUUGACCACUUUGGUGUACACUCUUCAGGUGAUCAUCUGCACAGGCGCCAUCUUCAUUGGAGGUCUCUCAUCCUGCCUGUCUCUCUGGGUGGCCCCACUCACAGCUCAACUCCCCCCAAAGUUGCUCUGCAAGCAAUUUGCUCAGAUGUUCACAUGGGGUGAGCAAUACCUGCUCCCUUCAUCUCGACUUCUCGGCGGCUCCUUCCUUAUCACUACUAUUUUGACAUCACAGCUGCCUCGCACGUCAGAUGCAGAAAUAUGGAAAACGUGGGCAGUGUUGUUUUGUGCACUUUUCACUAUUGCGCCAUACGAGAUUUAUCUCAUCUUUCCCAUCAAUGAUAGAGUGAAAGAGAUUGGGCAAGAGAUGGAGAAAGGAAUGGGAAGAGAGGCAGAGCAGAAGAAGGAACUACAAGAGUUAUUAUUGAAGUGGCAGUUUAGAAAUUUUGGGCGUGUCCUGACGCCGGCCAUCGUUGGUCUCAUUGCGAUGACGAAUUUGGUCAAGAGAUGA